AUGCAAACACUCCAACCGACGCCUCGAUUCAGACCAUUUUCACUUUUGGUUCUUCUUUUACUAGUGCUUUUCACAGCAUCUUCUCUCGUACAUUCCGAUCAUGAAGACUUCACUCAAAGAAUUUUAUUACCUUCUCAACGCAAUGCAGCUGCCAUCAUGACUUUUAUGAUGCCCUCCUACAUUCACAUUCCCACUCCGAACAUCAUGUCUCGACACUUUCCAUACAAGUUAUUUCUCUAUCGGGAGAAUCAUGAAGGCAUGGAUUUGGAACAAUUGAAACAAUUGAAUGCCGAGACCUUAAUGAUUAAACCUGCAGAGACCAAGACCAAACUGAAUGGAUUUCCAUUGUUGUUUAUUCCGCAAGCUCAACAUGGUUCAUUUUCCGAUGUUCGAUCAUUGGGAGCUACGCUGUAUGAAAUGAAUGGUCAUGCCAAGUAUAGAAAGGAGACCUAUGCUGAGGCUGGAUACAUUCAACAAAUGGUCAAUGAAUUAGCAGAUCCUCUCUGGUUUGGAAGUAAUCAAACCACAAAUCAAAACAAUGACAAAGAAGAAGGAAAUCUUCUUCUCGGCUUUGAUGUCUUCACCAUUGAUUUCAAUGAUGGAGAAUGGAGUAAUUUUCACUCGUCUCUCCAUGCAAGACAAGCCGAAUACAUUAAGAAUGUUGUGGAAUUUAUUUUGAAAGCCAUUUAUAAAAACAGACACAAAAAGAUUUUAAUUGUGUCACACAGUAGUGAACACACAUUUGAGAAUAUUUCACAGGAUUUAUUGGAUACUGCUUUUAUUUUGAAAAUUGGUGAGGGAAGAGUGAAUUGGGAUUUGGGUGCUGCUAAGAACAAUCCUAAAUUGGAAUUCAAGACACUCUUACAAAAAUUUAAAAAACAAAUGUUGUCACAAACUGCCGAAUUGAACAAUUCAUCACAACCAAAUACAGAGAAGGAAACCAAACCAAACGAAAUGUAUACUGAGCAAGAUCAGCAACUUUACAACACAACCCGUAGCGGUGAUGUUGUCAAUGUGAUAGGAGCUUCAUUUAUUCCUCACAUUUUCUCGAAUAUUGACAAAUCAGCCAUGAAAUGGUGCAAACAAUUACAACAACAACUGGCCACUAUUUUAUUGUCUCUCGUCAAUUCUGGAGCUAAUUCUCAAGCUGGACUUUUAGAUCUCUCUCAACAAGAUAAGGCAAAUAUCUUGUCUCAAUACUUUUCAUUGAAAGCCAACUCCUUUGAAAAAUCAUUCUUGUUAGAAGAAAUUGCAGCAAAACGUGAAAAGGUAAACAUGGCCAAAUUGAAUGAAGAUGUGCAUGUCGAGUUGACUUUGAAUACGGUGCAACAUGUUUCAUUCACCAAAAAAGGAGAAACCAAAUUUUUCAAAUUUGAUGUGAAACAUUUACAACAUACAGUCAAUCAAUUAUACCUGUUCACUAAUUUUUAUCGAACGGAAGUGGAUGUGUUUGUGAGCGAAGAUCUGAGCAUUGGAGGUGAAGCUCAAGGUCCAGCUCUCAUGGCCAAACAAAUCGGAAAAUUGAAUCGACAACAAAUUACACUAUUACCAUACUUGGACGUUGAUGAGGAUCAUUUGGAAACUUUCAACACCAAUGAGCAUGUGGUGAAAGUCAUGAUCAAGAUUCCAGAAAUGGACACUUCAUUUUCCAAAAAGAUGAUCUUUGUCAGAGUUAAAAAUUUAUAUUCUGUCGAUGAUAUGUCUGCUGGAAAAGAGAGCAAAUAUCCUGAAAGAUACAUUGUAGUUGCGUCACAUCCUGGAACUUUGAAAGGAACAGUUAAAAAUUUAGUGAAAGAAAAUUAUGUCCACCAAGAAGGCGUUGGUUUCAUUCCAGAUCAUCAAUAUGAAGAAAUCAAUGUAGAUAAUUCACCUCAUGUUCACACUGUGGACUAUUCAAAUUUUGAUUUUUGGAAGAGUGGUGAAACGAUUCAUUCGAACAAGUCCUAUAUUGUCAUUCCAAACCUCUCCAAUUUAUAUGCCUACAAAUUGAGAUAUUUCAAUAACGAGUGCUCGAAUCGAACCUUGUAUCCGGUUCUCCAAUAUCAUUAUGGAAAUAUGUUUGAAUAUGAAUCUCACUAUUUACCAAUGAGAUUUUGUGGAGAGAAUGUGAUCAAUCUUCAAUUUUUGAACUUGACAGACAUUAACAAUGCCGAUGAUGAAAAUUUAUAUGGAAUUGCUCUCUACUUUUUAAAUACCAAGAAUGGAUCUUCGUUUAAUUUCAAAAUUGAAUUGGAUUAUGAAGAAACGUUUAUUCACACGAUGGUUCAACAACAUUAUCACACCAUUAUUGCUGAUAUUUUUGCCAUUCUAUUAAUGAUCAUUGCAUGCUAUGGUGUGACACAUUCUCUGAUCUAUUCCUUUAUUUUAACAUGGAUUCAAGCUCCGUUAUUAAUUUAUUUACAAUUUAUUUUCACUCCUAUCAAUGUCCUCUAUGUCACAGAUUUUAGCAUUUUACAUUUGGCAGCUGCUUUUAUAUACUCUUUGAUUGCAGUACUCUUUUCAUUGAAUUUUGUUCGAGCGAUCAUGUUCUUGUUAGGUUUCAUUGGUCAACACGUCAUUCCAUUUAGAAAGAUUUUAUGGAGUGCCAUUCCUCUUGCCUUAUUGGGUGUGAGUUUUAAAUUAGAUCCAUCUAUUCCAUUGAUUGUUUUCACGUUCUUGAGCUUGUUCAUUGGAAAUUCAGCUUCCAUUAGAAGUCCUACCUACUCUCUUUUAACCUCACUUCUUAAAGUAUUGUGUUCAUUGAUUUUAAUGGGACCAAGUGCCUUUUCCUAUAUUAAGGAAUGGAUGUAUUGGUAUCAAUAUGCUCUUGUGAAUGCAAAUUCUCAAUUUUCUGUGCAGACAUUGUUUUCAGUGGCUCCUCAUCCAUCAUUGACAGCUAUUUGUUCACCCUAUUAUCUCAUUCCGUUCUAUUUGGAUGAAAUAGUACAAGUGUUAAUUACCAUAAUUAGAAAUAGAUCAACAAGUACCACGAAUAACCACACGUAUCAGCAAACAAAGAAGAACAACAAGACCACUUCUGAAUCGAACUUGACUGGCAAUUUUGCAUUACUUUCUCGAACGUCAAGUGUCAAAAAGAACGAUCCUAUCCAACGUAACACUUGGGUUCAUUGGAUUUUGACAAUAGUGUUAAUUGGAGUUGCCUAUGGUGUUGCUCUCUUGGCAAGAAUUGAAACUUUUUGGAUUAUUUAUUUAGUGUCGUUAUUUGUUGCAAUGAACAUGCUUCGACAAUUAUCUUUUGCGUAA